GAGAGCAAGGGAAAGCCGUUUCUUUUGCGACAGCAAGUAAUUUCGCUUCUCAGACAAAAGGGAGAAAUUGAAUACAUAAUCAGUGUUACCCAAAGAAAAAGUUUGCAACGACCGGGAAUGUUUUAAUUUGACGUUUCGGGGUUGCAUGACAGCUCUUGUACCCUACGGUACUUGAAAUGUAAGCUACGCUUUAAUAGUAAGAGCAGAAGAUACAGUAGGUUCUGCUUUUAAAAAAAGGAUGGAAAUUGUCAACGAACGUGGAAAGAGUAGUCACAAGAGGAAAGAACAACUAGCAGCUUUAUAUUGCUAGAAAUGUGACCGGGAUUUGGAGCGAGCAAAGCAAAAAGCCGCUUGGGCGCUGGGUGUUAGAAUUCCCGUAGCGUUUGUGUGUACAAUAUACUGUAGACAAGGAGAGAGGGAUGUACAAGAGCGUUAUAAUUCAUUGAAAAUAAAAGAGACAAGCAGUGCUUUCUGAAUUGGUCAAUGUAGAAUAACCUGCCCCCCUCAAUGUAGGAGGAAAGAACAACAAGGAAGAGCACACAAGAAUAUUCAUUUCGACAAAAUAAAUCGGAAUCGGCGGGCAACUUCUGUCAUCUCGUUAGUUUGAAUCAGAUGCUUGGUGUCUAACCAGGAUGUGGAACUACUGGUGCAAAUAACGACACGAGAUACCUUUUUUUACAUCAGCUCUACAAUAAAAUAAGAAACGUUUAAACAAAACGUUUAAUCCCGAGGAACGUUAAAGGAGAAACACAUUGCGAUUACGUCCGGAUAUUUGUAAUUUGUAACUGUGAAGUAAGUUCACGGUAAAUGCACCAAUUGUUGAGCCAAGCAUUACUGUGACGGUGCGAUGGUCUUCACUCCUUUUGUCAAAACCGAAUACCCGUUGAUAAUAUUAACAAACCUGGAGAGCAGUAACGGAUUCCGAUUGGAUUGAAAUUCUUCAUCUUUGGUGACACGGUUUGAGCUGAAUGUACUUUUACAAAAGGAAAACUGUCUUCCUCAAAGGUGAUACUACAUUUGGGAUUUAUAAAACAGCGAAUUGAAAUUACCUUUAGCUACAUUUCGAAAAUUUAGGGGGAGACAACAAAACAGAAGAUGAUGGCGCGACGUUUGUAAGCGGACUCCUGCCAGGUGUAUUUCUGGUUUAAUACAGUAGAAUUUUGAAAACAAGGCUACUUUAUAAAAUGUUUUUGUAUGCACAUCUCAGUCUUUGUUGAUUUUGGAAUAAUAUACGUUCAGGAAUAGCAUAAACAGGUACAUUGGAAAUCCUUUUUUUUUUCAUCUCAAAACGAUGAACACCGGCCCCAACAUUGUAUACGAGUGGCUGAAGACCCUCCAGCUUUGUCAGUAUGUGGAGUCUUUUGUGGAUAAUGGUUACGAUGACCUGGAAGUUUGUAAACAGAUAGGGGACCCCGAUCUGGAUGCUAUCGGAGUCUUCAUUCCUCACCACAGGCAAAGAAUACACGAUGCAGUGCGGAGGCUGAAAGAGGAAGAAAAAGAAACUGACUCCGGUCUGUACUUUACUCUGGAGCCGAUGCCCCCCACUGCAGAGAUUUACACCAGCCACAUGGUGGAGCAAUACGAGACCAAACUCAGGGGGUCCAAGUCGUGGACCGAACCUAGCGGUGACAGGGCCGGGAAGAACCAAGGGAAUCUGAGCACGAGCCGAAACCAGCACCUUGGACCUUGUAAAGAACUUGUAACUUACCCCAAACUAAAAUUGAAGAUCAUGAUUAGGGAUAAACUCAUCAGAGAUGGAAUUAACCUCAGUAAGCCGCCCUAUUCUAACAAGGAUGGUUCUCUGGGAAACAUUGAUGACCUGGCUCAACAGUACUCCGAGUAUUACAAUACCUGUUUCAGUGACGUGUGUGAGAGGAUGGAAGAGCUGCGCAAACGCAGAGUGUCUCAAGAAAUUGACAUGGAGAAGGCAGACACGAGCAGCACAUUGCUUCAGCUGUGGCCCCAGGUUGAAGAGUCCCAGGACUUCAACAGCACCCUUACCAUGCCUGAGACAGAAAAGAAGCUAUCCCUUCACAAGUCUAGCUCUGAAGAUGGAUCUGUGGGGAAAGGGGAUUGCAAGAAGAAAAACAAGUCUUUUUGGCAGAAUUUUCGCAAGUCACAGAAGGGAGUAACGCGGCAGUCAUCAAAAGGAGAGGACAUUGGCUACGUGGCCAGUGAAAUCACAAUGAGUGAUGAGGAGCGCAUCCAGCUGAUGAUGAUGGUGAAAGAGAAGAUGAUAACGGUGGAGGAGGCCCUGGCUCGGCUGAAGGAGUAUGAGACCCAGAGCAGACAGUCCGGCAGUACUGACAAUGCAGAGUGGACUGAUGAAUCCAAUACUAAUAUAAAUGAGUCCUCAAACUGCAAUUCACGGGAGCAGUCUGAGGAUGAAACAGACGAAUCAGUGAAGUUUAAACGGCUUCACAAGCUGGUGAACUCCACUCGAAGAGUGAGGAAGAAGCUGAUCAGAGUGGAAGAGAUGAAAAAAACAGGCACAGAAGAUCUGUGUUUUGAGGGAUCCCCUACAUGUGAAGACAAUUCUUCGCUUUAUUCGGGGGUGCAAAAGAAGCCUCCGAUUCCUCAAGAUGAUUCACUAUCUUUGCUGCUCCAGGAGCAACUCUCGCAGGAUGGAGAUUCAGACAGCCUCACCACCUCUCCCUCCUCCAGUAGCCUGGACACAUGGACGGGCCAUAAGUUGGUCAAAAGCUUUGGCAAGUCCAGCAGCAGCCAAGGCCUCAUCCGCCCGUUUAAGAAGGUGGGCAGUGGGGUGGUAGGUGGCAGCGGCUCUUCCUUCUCUGAGGUAGAGGGCUGUGGUGAGGAGGACCUGCAGCAGAAAGUCUCCCGCUCCAUGACAGACGGCGAAAUGCGCAGGGUCCUGAGCCCACUUAGCCACGGGGUAAGUAGGGAAAAUGUGUACAGCUUUUAUGGCAUGGCCAGGCCACAGCAUCACCUGCUGGUGUCCCUGGAGGAGUUCCAGAGUAUCAAGAAGCAAGUACGGCUAAAGAAAAUAGAUGCCAACUACUCUUACUUCAGACACUUAUUGUACCAGCGCCCCCACAACAAGGUGCCAGUCCCUCUGCCCUCUUCUCCAGCCCACUGUGACUUCCAGCUCCUGUGGGAGAAAUCUAAGGGCAGUGCUGGUGGUGGAUGGGGGUUUCCCAAUCGCAAGUUGAGAACGAGGACUGCAGUCAAUGAGUUUAAUAUAACCUAUGUGGUCGAGAGAAGCCUUUAUGGACACCUCCACUGGUCCCAGCUUGUACGGCCCGUGGACAGGACCAUGAGCAAAGGUGACUUGCAGGAUCUACGCCGCUGCCUGUUAGAUGAAGAGGGAGAGGCAGAGAGGAAGUGGGCAGCGACUGUGGACCACUGUACCAAACGUGUUCUCUUGCGCAUUCAGCAGAAGUCUAGAACAUGCAGCUUUGGAGGUUUUGACCUGUCCAAUCGUUCUCUCCAUGUUGUGAACAGUGCUUUUGAACCCUCAAGUAAAGAAGGAAUUUACAGAGAAGUUGUGAAGUCUCCAACAACAUCGCGAAUCUCCCUUGGCAAAAAGGUGAAGUCAGUGAAGGAGACCAUGAGGAAACGCAUGUCCAAGAAAUACAGCAGUUCUUUAUCUGAACAGUCAAGCCCUGAUGGGACACCCAGCUCCCCUCAGUCUCCUCAGCCUGAUACUGACUCAUUAGAGAAGCCCAAGCUGAAGGCUGGAGGCUCAGUGGAGAGCCUGAGGAGUUCUCUGAGUGGACAGAGCUCCAUGAGUGGUCAAACAGUGAGCACGACAGACUCAUCAGCCAGUAACCGGGAGAGUGUCAAGUCCGAGGACGGUGAUGAUGAGGAUCCCCCCUACCGGGGCCCCUUCUGUGGGCGAGCCAGAGUGCACACUGACUUCACCCCCAGUCCUUAUGACACAGACUCCCUUAAACUGAAGAAAGGGGAUGUCAUAGAUAUCAUCAGUAAGCCACCUAUGGGAACCUGGAUGGGUCUUCUGAAUAACAAGGUUGGCACUUUCAAGUUCAUCUACGUGGAUGUGUUGAGUGAGGAGGAGGAGAAGCCAAAGAGGCCUGUGCGGAGGAGGAGGAAGGGAAGACCACCCAAACCCAGCUCUGUGGAAGAGCUGCUGGAGCGCAUCAAUCUCAAGGAGCACAUGCCUACAUUUCUGUUCAAUGGUUAUGAGGAUCUAGAUACCUUUAAACUACUGGAAGAGGAAGACCUGGAUGAACUGAACAUCCAUGACCCUCAGCACAGAGCAAUGCUGCUGACCGCUGUGGAGCUGCUGCAGGAAUAUGACAGCAACAGCGACAUGGAGAAAAGCGCUCAUUCUGGGUCACAGGAGAAGCUUCUAUCUGAUGGGCAGGGCCUGAUGCGAGACUCUCCCCGGGACUCGGGGUGCUAUGAGAGCAGUGAGAACCUUGAGAAUGGUAAGACCCGAAAGGUUCAACAGCCCACCAGACCAGGUGCCAAGUCCAACAUGCUCCAGGGAGUAGACAGCCCUGCACUCCCAAUGACUAGAUCUACUGAAGUAAUGCAGCAGGCCAAGAGAGAGCACAAGUGCCCCUUUCCCAAGCCUUCCAUGAAGGCUUCCAUCCUCAGCCUUAAAAAGAGUCACCGAAACUUUCAAGUGCCCAUCAGCCACAGCUGUGAGGACCUGGAUGGCUGUUCCUUGGUCCAGGAGUUUUGGAAACGAUCUCGUUCACUGGGAGAUCUCAAUGAAGAACAGGGAUUUGACAGAAAGGAUAUCCAUAGUUUGGAGUUUACAAUUGCCAAACAAGCUAAUGUUUGCAAAAACUGUUUUAAUGAUCUGGGCUACAACAGGCAAUUGAACAACAUAGAUGACAGGGGAGGAAGAGGAGCAGAACCACAACCUGUAUUGCCACAGAGUCAGCCCAGAGAGUGUGCCUCUAUUUCCUUUAUAAGCCAUGUGGAACAUUCACUAUCUUCACAGCUGUCAGUCAAAUCAUCAUGCAAAGAUCCACAUCCUGAUCAAGGGGGCACCAGAAGCACUACAGAGCCAGGCUCACAGGAGGGCAAUACACAGACACCUUCCAAAAAGUCAUCGCAACCUCCUCCAGUCCCUAUCAAAAAAUGCAGGGAGCGCUUAGCAAAUGGACUUUAUCACCCAUCUUUAAUUGUUCCAAACCCAGUUGCAUCUUCCCUGCACGUAAAGAAGAACAAUCCUUCCAAUCCUGCUGAUUGUGCACCUCCCUGUACCUCUCAAGAGGAGCCAGGGACCCCUCCUGCUGUGCCUCCACCCUGGCUGUCUGACCUCCCAGAGACAGCCUGUCCUCAUAUACAUGGAGUCAAACUGGCUGCAGGAAGGAAGAUCUCAUAUACAAAGGGUGCUGACCUGGAAAAACUUAUAGAGAAGAGACUGGAGUCAGAGGAAAUUGAUCUCACCGAGGAGCCCUAUUCAGACAAGCAUGGCCGCUGUGGAAUCCCACAUUCCCUGGUGGAGAGGUAUGCUGAAGACUUGGAGCAAUCUGUGAAUAAUGUGGCCUCUACUAUGGACCAAGUUAGAGUAAAGGAGCUCCGCAAGCAACACCGCAUGGCAAUACCAUCUGGAGGUCUGACUGAAAUGUGCCGGAAGCCCUUGUCUCCAGGACAUAUCAGCACAGUGUCUGACUGGCUGAUUUCAAUAGGACUGCCCAUGUACAUUCAGUUGUUCACAGCAGCAGGGUACAAUACACUGAACCAAAUCUCAUCAAUGACAGAGACUAAGUUCUGGGAGGCUGGGGUCAAGGAAGAACGGCACAUCAACAGGCUACUGGUGGCUGCCAGGCUGGUGCAGGCUGAUAGUGCUCAGUGAGAAUUCAUUAUUAGCAACUGAAAAUGGUUCUACGGUGAUUUCUUGUUUUGUUUUCUUUUUGGGUGUUUACAAUAAUGUUGAUCUGACUGCCAAGAAUUAAAUAUUGGAGGCCUUUAAAUGAACAACAAAAAAUCCACUUUAUUUCUUUUUAAACUGUCUCUCCUUUAGACACAAGUGCUGGUUUGCCUGGGAAAAUCCAAGAAUUGCAUUUGAAUGAAUCUUACGGUUUUUCUGUUGAGGUAGGGGUUUUAUUGACAGUUGUGAGAGACUGUUUGAUAAGUGCUUUAUUUUUGUCUGUUUUGCUUAUAAUGGACCUAGUAAGCAACAAGGGACUGUUACUAGGCCAAAACAUUUUGUAUGUUUUUAGAGUACAGCUGUUAAUUCCAACUGUUUUAAAGUGGUUUAACAUUUAUUAGAUGAGUAUAUUGUAGUUUAUUAUAGUAAGCAACAAAGCAGCUUAAAUAAAACAACAGUGUCCAGCUUUUUGUAUUAUCUUAUAAUUUUAAUAAAGUAUGUUUUUUUGGAGCUAUAUUACCACUAAUAUGUUUUCAAAAAAUACCAGAAUUUCACCAGGGGCAGGUUUCUAAUUCCAAUAGCAGUACAUGCCGCUAUAACCAGGUUCAAAUGAUGAACAGAAUGUUUUUUGCAACGUCUGUUUGCAAAGUGGGCAGAUCCUACUUUGUUUGAGAACUUCCUUCCUGUGGAGCAUUUUUGUAGAUUAAGGCAUUCUUUACACCUAGAUCACUUUUAUACCUCUCCCAAAAAGCAUAAAGUCCUUGAAUGUGUAGACACUUUAUGCAAGACUUCUUAUACAGUACUAACAAACCUGCAACAAAUAUUGUUUUGCUUGUUUUAUGUUGCCUUAUGAGUAUACUGUAUAAAACACGCUUUAAUAAAUAUCUACACAUGUAAUCAGUUCCUAAUAAUCACAAUUUACUGCAAUCUCUGCCUUUAAUUUGUAUUUUACUCCCUUUUUCUUGUAAUUGUGAUUGCUUGUAGAACAUGUACUUUUGACAGGUAUAUGAGGAUACCACCUUCUUUUGGAGAUCCUUUGAUCAUUGAUGAGACAGUAGCUGUGUUUUUAGACAGGGCAAAUGUGUCAAGUUUUUAAAUGCUUAUACAUGUCAUUCAGUUUAAGAUUUGAGGUAAAGAGUUAAAAAAGCUUGGCGCAGCAAAUACUAUAUGUUUGAGCAGUUUGCUGCAAUUAUUCAUAUGAAACUUAUUUGCCUAGUUUGUCACAUAAAAAGUCAGAACGCAUGUCAUCACAGAACUGAUUAUGUACUGUAUAAAGACUUUAUAAAAGUAAUGAAAGGAAGACAAUAUAAUCUGGAUGUUAAGAAAAAAGCCAUGUAUACAGAAUUACACAAUCCUGAAGUAUGUUCAGUAGUACCAAAAGAAGCAUCCUUCUAGAUUUUAAUGAAUCAGCAAAGCAUUUCCAUCCCUCAUAAUUGAUCAAAUUUUCCUGUUAAAAAAAUUGCGGUUGACUUCAAUCAAGGCAAAAAAUAUAUACAGCCUGCUAUAAAUGUGAAUAUAGUCUGUGACAAAUAUUGAUGUGAGAAAUUAAUAAUCUGUUUUUUCAAUUUGCUUUCCACUAAAGAGACUGUAUUAGCAAUUUAAAUAUCCACUGAUCCAAUAUAGGUAUUUCAAGAUCCUCAAUAGAUGGAGUGCAUGGCUCAAUUUAGUUCUUGAACUUCCAAACAUAGCAUGUGCAGUACAAAGUAUGAGCACUAAAGGGCAAUAUAGAACACCAUGGUAUUUAUGGUGAGAUUCUGAAAUCAAUGCAGAUGCAAUUUAAAAGAAACACAAUAAAGUGGCAUAAAAAAGAUUAUGUCAAUGAAUUUUCUAACCAGGGUACCUGAGGGUAAAGUGUUCCAUUCAUUCACAGAUGUGAAGGUGUUAGUCUAUUCUGGUUUCUUGAUGUACACACCUGUACCUUGUUUCAGGACCUGUAGUUGAAGAAAACACAGAGGGAAAGGGCAACAAAUAUUUGGUCAAAACACCAUAGUAUUUUGACAAAUUGUCUGAACAUAGUCAGGGAGAAAGUUUGAAGAGGUAAUAGAUUUAAGAAAAAAAUAUAUAACUCCUUCUUUUAGUUUACAGUGCUUUUAUAAGGAUUUGUGUGACGUACAUGAUGGUUUAAACACAAAGUGUGUUUUAUACUGCCUUAUUCUGUUGUUGCCCUCCUGGUCACAAGUGCCAUUUAAUGAGAAGGCAGAGAAGGCAGCGACUAUCUUACUUAAAUAUUGAUUUAGUUAGGGAUGACUGUUUUAUCUAUUGAAGUUCAAUAUUUAAAGCUUUUGAAAUGUAUGUGUUGCAUACUUCCUUAUUUUAAACCUUUAUUCCAGGCCUAGUGCAGAUUUAUAGUAUUAUCCCCCUCCUUUUCACAGACGCACCAAGGGUUGUCUGCAGCUUACCUCAAGUUUUGAAACUGUAUAUAUAUCUUACACAGACAGAAGACUGUUUAUUUUAAAAGCACUUUGGAAUCAUAAAUGUUUCUGAAAAACACCUUGGUAACCACCAGAUUUACAUAGUAUGAAUGCAUAUUCAGCUUCUUUUAAAAGUGAAUAGAUUAGGUUGUAGUAUUUGUAUAAUCAUCAGAGGCAGAAUUUCCCAGUCCAAAUCAAGCCAUUUACAGUACAUUUAGUCCUAAUGCCAAGUCACUAAUGAUUCCCUAAUUAAGCUAUGUUUCAGUAAAAUAUCUCCAAUUAACUGUUAUAUGUAAUGUAUGUAAUGACUAACAAAUGUUGCACAUUCUGUACAUGAAAUUGAUAUUUAAAUAAAUUAUUUUUGCCUUUUUUGCUUUUCACAUAAAAUGUAAUUAGCUGUAUUAUAUCAGUAGAAAUGCAUAUUGCUUUAUCCAGUGAAAAGCUACAGUAUGUAUUGUAAAAUGUGUAAAAAUACUCUAUACUGUUUCAGCUAGCUAAUAAUUGUCCUUAAAGAUUUUGCUUGUGUAUUGAAACACAGAAAAGGGUCUAUAACUAUUUGUCAUUCUGAAAUAAAAUUUCUUGGCAUCAAUAA